AUGACUCACUCAUUCUACAUCAGUCGUCUUUCCAGAAGUAUGAGCAACAAGGAGAUAAAAAUUCCACCAAAAGAGGGAAGUGUCACAGGCAAGUUGGGAUGUGCCGACCCCUUUAUUGCUGCUGCUGAUAUUGCAAUGCAACACUUGAUGUAUGAUAACACCCAGGGAACCUCUGAAGGGUUUUCAUUAUUCCUGCAUGUUGCAACGUUCCUCUCACCGACCCUCAUCUUCAGAGAUCUCCUUGAUCAAGCAAAGGAAAUUGUGAAGAGUAUGAAAGAGAGCAAGAGUAUAGAUUACCAAAAUGAUUGGAAGCUAAUCACAGUUUUUCAGCCGUGUCCUUUCCAGGCCUCCAUCUCUCAGGAUGCUUUGGAAAAACUGCUGGCAUCUGGGAAGUAUGACCUGAAGGGCAAUUUCUCAGCAGUUCUCCAGACUCCUCUCCAAGAAGCAGACAUGUCUCUAAUGACAGGCAAGCGAGAUAAUGGCCAUUCCGCAAAGAAGACACCCGUGGAAAUCCCAGGAAAGAAUUUUGCUGCUCUAGGAGUAGGACUCUGGAACAAUAUGAUGGAACCAGUUGGGCAGAAGCAGCCCUAUCAUUUCACAGAGAAGCUUGAGGCACGAUGCCCUUCUCAGGAGCACCCAUACUUCUUCACAUACAAGAAUAGCAACUACUCGUCUUUUCCUGCGGAGCUGCAGACUGAAGCAAUGUCUCAACAAAGGAGCUUUGGGACCAGCCUUCCAUGUUCUGACCGUAACCCCUCAAACACAAUUCCUGUCUCAGUUCAUCACUUGAGGCCAGCAGACAUUAAAGUUAUAGGUGCCCUUGGGGAUUCAUUAACAGCAGGAAAUGGAGCCGGAUCAUCACCAACCAAUGUUUUAGAUGUUUUGACACAGUAUCGAGGCCUUUCAUGGAGUGUUGGUGGAAAUGAAAACAUAAGCACAGUCACAACAUUAGCAAAUAUUCUUCGUGAGUUCAAUCCUUCACUGUUAGGCUUUUCCACUGGCAAAGGAUCACAGCAAACCCCUGAGGCCUACCUGAACCAGGCUGUGGCAGGAGCACAGUCCAAAGACAUACCAUCUCAAGCUAGAAGACUAAUAGACUUGAUGAAGACUGAUUCAAAAAUAAAUUUCCAAGAAGACUGGAAGGUUGUGACACUUUUCAUAGGAGGAAAUGACUUGUGCGAUUAUUGUGAAGAUCCUGCACAAUAUUCCCCUGAAAAUUUCACAAGCAAUAUACAGACAGCUUUGGACAUACUCCAUAAAGAGCUCCCUCGGACUUUUGUGAACCUGGUGACAAUCCUUCAAAUAACAACUCUGAGGAAAUUGUAUCAGGAGAAGCGUGUUACCUGCCCAAGAUUGAUCAUGAGAUCUCUGUGCCCUUGUGUUUUGAAACCUGAUGAUAACUCCACUGAAAUUGAGAUGCUCAAGUCCUUUAACAGAAGGUAUCAGGAGGGAAGCUACCACUUAGUCGAGAGUGGAAGAUAUAACACAAGGGAAGAUUUCACAGUGGUUCUGCAGCCAUUUAUGGAAAACGCAAGCAUGCCUGAGACUCCGGCAGGGUUGCCUGAUUCCUCAUAUUUUGCCCCAGAUUGCUUCCACUUUCACCAGAAGACUCACUCUCAGGCUGCUCGGGCUCUGUGGAACAAUAUGCUGGAACCCCUUGGGGAAAAGACAAUACUACAAAGCCUUGAAGCUACGAUUAACCUCAAAUGUCCAAAUCAGGCCCAGCCAUAUUUAGUGACGUACAGAAACAGCAACCAUACCUACCUCAGUGGGACCACUUCUGUUUACAGAAGCCAGAUGCCAUGCACGAAUAAAGUUCCAUCGAUCAAUCACCCAACUUCAGUGCAUGGCCUGAAACCAGCUAAUGUGCAAGUAAUAGCUGCCCUGGGGGAUUCCUUGACUGUUGGCAAUGGCAUUGGAUCCAAACCAAAUGACAUGUGGGAUAUGAAUACACAGUACCAGGGGCUGGCGUGGAGCAUAGGUCCUUGCAUUUCUUCGUAUGGUUUUCCUUUUCUUUCAGAUAUCCUUCGCGAGUUCAAUGCUAACCUCACAGGUUACUCAACAGGCACAGGGGUCCUACUUGAGCCGAAUGCCUUUCUCAAUCAGGCAGUUUCAGGAGCAAAGGCUGAUUCUAUCAUUGUCAGUGAUUUGCUAGAUAUCUCCUUCUUUACACCUGAUUGUUUUCACCUGAGCCAAAAAUCAUGUUCCCAGCUGUCUGGGGCCCUCUGGAACAAUAUGCUCCAGCCUUUAGGAAAGAAAACAGUUUCCUUCAGCUUCAUGGAAAAUAUAACCCUGAGCUGCCCAACUCUGCGACAACCCUUCCUGGGUACAUACAAGAACAGCGAGGACACAAACCAGACCAUUGGUCCAUCUAAGCCCAGUAUUAACUGGGGGAGCGACCUGUCAUGCCCUGAAAAGACUGCAUCAAAACAACCUGCAACAUCAGCGCACAGGCUGCAGCCAUCUGACAUCCAAGUGACAGCAGCGCUGGGUGACUCAUUAACGGCUGCUGUUGGAGCCGAAGCCACUGGUUUGAAUGAUCUAAAAACAGCUUGCAGAGGGCUUUCCUGGAGCACUGGAAGUGAUGUAAGCUUGGAGACUCACACAACUUCACCGAAUAUUUUGAAAAUGUUUAAUCCAAAACUUACUGGAUUCUCAUCUGGCACCCAGAAGGAAACUGCUGGAUUUAACUUAGCAGUGGGAGGAGCCAUGGCAUGGAAUCUCUCAGACCAAGCACAUGAAUUGGUAGAGCUAAUGAAAAGCAACCCGUGGGAGGGGGGACAAUCUCUACAGCUGAAUGUAGUGUUGAAAAUGGAUAAUCUGGUGUUCUGUUUUCUGCAGGAGAGUUAUUCAGUGGAAAAAUAUUUAAAUCACCUCCAGGAUGCUCUUGAUAUCCUUUACAAGGAGCUCCCUCGGGCCUUUGUCAACAUGGUGGAGAUAAUGGAACUCACUGGACUGCAUCAGAUAGAAAGGGAAGCAUCCGGAUGUGUUCUUUCAGGGGCAAGCCUUUGUCCAUGUGUUCUAAAGCCUCAGGAAAAGUCUCCUGAACUGCAAGAAAUUAAAAGAAUUAACAGAGAUUAUCAGGAUAAAAGUGCAAGGUUGGUCAACAGCAGUCGCUAUGCCGAGCGGGAGGAUUUUGCCAUUGUUGUGCAGCCAUUUUUCCGAAAUACCAUCAUGCCACUAGACAGCGAUGGGAAACCAGACCUGAGUUUCUUUGCUGUGGAUUGCUUUCAUUUCUCAGAGAGAGGCCAUGCCGAGAUGGCCAUGGCACUCUGGAAUAAUAUGCUGGAGCCAGUUGGACAUAAGCAGUCAUACAAUAACUUCACUUUCAAAAGGUUGAAACUCAAGUGUCCAAUUUCAGAACAACCCUUUCUUUUCACAUCAAGAAACAGUGAAAAGCAGAGCUCAGGAAUUGGGGCAGCGAGCAAUGCUUCAAACAAUAAGCAGUGCCUUUGGGCACUGAUUGUGGCAAUAGCAGCUGGAAUUUUGGCAGGAUCCCUAAUUGUUUGGGUUUUGAUGAUUCAGAGAGUCAGCAAACAGUCAAGGGCAGGAGACACAGCAACCGAAGAGAAAACGACAGCACUUUAAAUUUGCACCUGCACCAAGGAGAUCUAACAUAACAUCUACCUCCAGUGACAUGAGAAAAGCAAUAUGGGAGCUUAGCUACAG